AUGAGCCAAUUUGAAAAUAUUAAAGAAAUGUUUAAAGAGAAUAAAAAUGAUUUAAUAGAAUAUUUGAAAGUAAUAAGUAUACUACAUAUCAACCAUAUUUUCCUGAAUCACGAAACAAAUAACAAAAGUUUAAAUUUACAAAAAGAUUUAGUGAUUUAUCAGGUAAAAUUAAAUAUUAGAAAUAAUUUUUUAAAAAAAUUGAUUUUAUUAGAAGAUUAA